AUGGCGGAGAGCUGGCUACGCCUCUCGGGUGCAGGGGCGGCGGAGGAGGCCGGGCCAGAGGGCGGUCUGGAGGAGCCCGACGCCCUGGAUGACAGCCUGACCAGCCUGCAGUGGCUGCAGGAAUUCUCCAUUCUCAACGCCAAGGCCCCCGCCCUGCCGCCGGGGGGCACCGACCCCCACGGCUACCACCAGGUGCCAGGCUCGGCCGCGCCGGGGUCCCCCCUGGCGGCCGAUCCAGCCUGCCUGGGGCAGCCGCACACUCCUGGUAAGCCCACAUCGUCGUGCACGUCGCGGAGCGCGCCCCCGGGGUUGCAGGCCCCGCCCCCCGACGACGUGGACUACGCCACCAACCCGCAUGUGAAGCCGCCUUACUCUUACGCCACGCUCAUCUGCAUGGCCAUGCAGGCCAGCAAGGCCACCAAGAUCACCCUGUCGGCCAUCUACAAGUGGAUCACGGACAACUUCUGCUAUUUCCGCCACGCUGAUCCCACCUGGCAGAAUUCCAUCCGCCACAACCUCUCCCUGAACAAGUGCUUCAUCAAAGUACCCCGGGAGAAGGACGAGCCGGGCAAGGGGGGCUUCUGGCGCAUCGACCCCCAGUACGCCGAGCGGCUGCUCAGCGGGGCCUUCAAGAAGCGGCGGCUGCCCCCGGUCCACAUCCACCCGGCCUUUGCCCGCCAGGCCUCGCAGGAGCCCCGCGCCGCCCCGUGGGCCGGGCCGCUGACCGUCAACACCGAGGCCCAGCAGCUGCUGCGGGAGUUCGAGGAGGCCACCGGGGAGGCGGGCUGGGGGGCGGGCGAGGGCAGGCUCGGCCAUAAGCGCAAACAGCCGCUGCCCAAGCGGGUGGCCAAGGUCCCGCGGGCCCCCAGCACCCUGCUGCUGACCCAGGAGGAGCAGGGCGAGCUGGAGCCCCUCAAAGGCAACUUUGACUGGGAGGCGAUCUUCGAGGCCGGCGCCCUGGGCGGCGAGCUGGGCGCGCUGGAGGCCUUGGAGCUGAGCCCGCCGCUGAGCCCCGCCUCGCACGGGGACGUGGACCUCACCAUCCACGGCCGCCACAUCGACUGCCCCGCCACCUGGGGGCCUCCGGGGGAGCAGGCCGCCGACAGCCUGGACUUCGACGAGACCUUCCUGGCCACGUCCUUCCUGCAGCACCCCUGGGACGAGAGCGGCAGUGGCUGCCUGCCCCCGGAGCCCCUCUUCGAGGCCGGGGACGCCACCCUGGCGGCCGACCUGCAGGACUGGGCCAGUGUGGGCGCCUUCUUGUAA